AUGUCGCUGGCGGGCAGCACUCACGGGCUUAUGUCAAUGAGCGCUGCAUACUGUGACACCUGUCGUGUGGGAGAGGUCUGUCAGCACUGGACCCUCCUGUUCUCACCUAAGCGCCCUGUUCCGAAUGAGGAACCCGCGAACUGCGAGGAGCCAUCCAGCGCCGUGGCCCAUGUCCUAAGCCUGUUCAAAACCGCUAUGCAGCACUCUCCACUGACAUCCCAGCCCCCUCAGCAGAACCUCUGCAGCAAACUCUACUGCUGUCCGUGGAUCCAGGUCCACUGCGAGAAAAACGCUCCUAAAGGAAGCCGUCCUCAGACGAAAGAGUGGUCAUUCCCCUCUCCUGACCCAGUGCAUCACCACCGCUUACCUUCACCGGGUCAGCAGCAGCGACCCGAGCCUGCUCCUCCACGCCGCUCCAGCGUCCCCGAGCACACAACGUGGGUUGCCCGGAGCUGGGAAAUCAACACCCCCGCUCCUCUCCAUGUGUUCAGCAGCGCCCUGGUUCGGACUCAUCCCCCCACCUGGAUGCCCCGCUGGUUCCGGCCUCUGGGACACCGAGCGCCCUCUCCGCGGCUACGUCCACACUCUUCGCCCCGACUACUUUGA